CACUUAUAGUGAUCGAAGUCCUGGUGGCACUGAAGCAACCAAUUCGAGGAAACCUGACUCACAGCGAUACGCGUCCAUUGUUCGCGCAGAAAGAAACAAGAGCACAGAGUUAGACGGUUUGAUUAUGAAGAACAUUGAAAAGGUGAGGGAGAUAAAUCAUUGCUGUAAAAUGGAGAAUAUGGCGGAGAGAACCCGAACACCCGAAGAUAGUCGAGAGGCAGGCGGUACGCGCAAUCAACUAGAGCAAGAAGAAGAUAACAAGGCGACAGAGAUAAUAACAUCUUAUCAAGGGGUCGGUCGCCAAGACUUUGAGAAGCCAGGAUUUCUGACUCGUAGUCUUUCGGUGACACGGGCUUUGGUCUCAAACUGUGAUCAGCUCAGCCCCAGCUCCGAGGAGGGUGAUGGACACAGACCCACCUUUACCCGUGGACCGUCCACGGACGUCGGCACGAAUGUAAAUUCCAGUGGAUCGACCUCCCCACCACUCUCUGACGAAGAACCACAAGUUCGUGUGAACCUCAAUCCGGUGAGGGUUCUCACUCGCUCAGGGCCCAUCAACUACAAGUACAUCCAGCAAAAAGCCUUGGAGAACUUGGAAUCGUUCCUUAAGACUGCCACCAGGAGGAGGGGGGAUACCGUGUCGUCGCCACCAAAAGCAAAGUCAAGACAGGAUUGCGCCAGGAUGCACCGCUCGUGUCCUGGAUGUACUACAAAACCCCCGGCCCUACAAGCUCUCCGAAAUUUAAUUUCCGGCGGUGACUCUGGCAGUUGUGCCAACUCCUACAUGGCCAUCAACGAGCCCUGUGAGAAAUCUGAGCACAUCGGCAGGCUCUCGAGCCUGUUGCCUGAUGAAACGCCGGUAGAUGAUGACUUGAUCAUUGCCUAC